AUGAUGAAGUCAAGCGAUGAUUUACAUAUAAAAUAAAAUACAUUUUUAGAUAUUAGAAAGUAAUUGUAUGAAAGAGAUCAAUAAUAAAUGCUUUAAUAUUAACAAAGUUUUAGAAAAUCAUUUGAGGAUGAAAUGAAUCUUAUUUAAUAGAGACACUAGGUUUUAUUAUAAUAAAUAUAUUAGAACAACAACAACAAUAACAUUACAGAAAACAAUAAAAAUAGUAAAUUAUUAUUGAAACCAAAAACAAGUCAAGCAUCUCACAGAAGAGUUUAAAUAAGUCAUUUAAGCGAUCCUUCAGCUAUAAAUAUUCAUGCUAUUUAAUACUUAAACAAUAGUUCUCUAAGAAAUAUAAAAUCUUCUCAAGAUAAAAGGUUUUCUGGAACUGAAAAAUUCUUCCAAUAAUAUAUUACACCCACUUCUGCUUAACUUGCUAAGAGGUAAAAGCAAAAAUCUGAACAACAAUUUAAAAUUUUAACUCCUUAAUAUCAAACAUUUGUUCCUGGAAUUACAUAAAAAAUACAAAGCACCUAAAUAAAGCCUCUUUCUGUGAGUUCUUAGAGUAAAUUAUUUAGUCCUGUAAGAGACUAAACUAGGCCUAUGUCCAUGUAGGAAAGCAAAAGAAGAAUAAUUAAUAACUUAAAUUUUAUUGAAAACAAUUUAAAAGAUGAAAAGUAUGCAGAAUUUAAAGAAGUAGAAACUGAAAAUUUAAAUAAACAUAUUAUGUUUAAUAUUUAAUCUACUGAUCUACCCUUCAACUAAAGAAACAUUCACACAGAUAAAAUAUAUUUUAAUCAUCAUAUGUCAUAGCACUCUUAAAUACCAGAAUAUAAAAAAAACUUAAAUGGUAACUAAUAGUAAGAAUAAGAGAAUAUUCAUUUGAUGAAAUAGACAGAAGAGAAUAUCAAAAAAAUUGCAUAAAAAGUUUCAAAUAAUAUAGGAGAUUAAUUUUUUUUAUAUUCUUAAGCAAAAUAAAAACAAAGAUAAGAAAUAGAUAAUAAGCAAUAAAAAGAAUCAUAAUAUGAAAAAACUUUAAAAAAUAUGAGAAAAUCUAAAUAAACAAAAAGUUUAGAUAUACCUUUAAGAGACCUGCUCAUUUCAGACCCUUAUAAAAAAGAGGAGAAUGAUAAGCAAAAUUUUUGUCUUAAUUUGCAGUAAUCAACACGAAAUACCUGGCAGAGAUCAAAAAAAUAAGUUGAAGAAAUGAUGAAAUUUAAUAAUUAAUUAAUUUAGGAGUUUAAAUAAAAAAAGCUCGCUAAAAUUGCUACUUCUAUUUAAAAUUCAAACAACUCUUCUUCUAUAUUUUAAACAUAAAUUGUUGAAUAAACAUACAAACCUUAAAGAUAAGUUUUGAUUGUAGAAAUUUAUAAUCUUCAAUAAAUCAAGAGACACUUGAACUUAAAAUAUUGCUAUUUGUACUUGCCAUCUAUAAACUUUAAUACUCUACAAACUCAGGAAUAAAGGGAUUUCUAAGAAUUCAAAAGAAUAAUUAUGAAAAAACUAAAAAUUACUGCAGAAAAUAUAUAUUUAUACUAAAAAAAUGGUACUCCUAUAUAUAGUCACAGAGAGCUAAAAAGGAAUGAUAUCACUAUAUUUGCAGGAAAUUGUUCUACUUUUGCUGGAUUAGACAAAAUUUAUAGUACGGAAGAGAAUCUAUAGAACCUGAAAAAGGCUAUAGAGAGGUUAGAAAAUAAAAUUAUUGCUAAUUAAGAAAUAGAUGAUCAAUUGAAUAAACAGAGUAGCUUAAAAAUGGAUUUUGAUUAAAUAUAAGAAGUACCAUCAAGUAAUAAUAAUAGUGCUUCUUCUACACCUUUAAGCAAAUAAACUUUAGCUCGAAAAAAUACGAUGGGUAGCUUCACAAGUAAAAAUCAAACUCCUAAAUCGAAUUUAAAUAAAUCACAAGAUAAUAAAACUGCUAAAAGGAGUUAAUUUGCUGAUUUUAUAAAGGAUGAUGAAGAUGAUUAGAAGAAAAAAAUGUUUUUCUUUGAAGACGAUGAAGAGAAUGAAGAAAAUUAACCACAAAAAGAAAUUGUUGAUGUGAAUGCAUAUAUUAAGAAAGUAAUGAAGUACUUAGAUUUAUUCUUUUCUAAAUUUGACUACAAUUGGAGAGUUGAUAAAGAAAAAGAAGAAAUAGAUCUAUAUUUAAAAUACAAAUUGAGUUAGCCUAAAAGAAUAAAAAAAAAUAAAGUUAUAGAUUUUAAGCUAAAGGGGUUUGAAGAAAGAAAAUCAAAUUUAGAAAAAUUAAAAAAACUUAACAGAGAUUUGUUUGCUUCAAAUAUAGGAAAGAUUCUACAAGAACAUGAAUUAAGUGAAAGUGACUUAAAUAGUGUUUACAUUUUAUAUAGAUCAAUACUUAACAUUUAAUCCUAGAUUAUUUCUACAGAAAAUGUAAUUAAAGAAGAUGAUAUUAUGCUUUAAUUAGAUAAAUUUGAUCAUCUAACUUUAGAAAAUAAAGCAUUAGUUGAGUCUCUUUGCAAUUAUCAAGAUAUAAUUAAGUGGGAAAAUUUUGUUAAAAUGUUGAAAAAUAUUUCAAAUUUAGAUGACCAGUAAAAAAUAGAUAUGUUUGUUUAGGUAUUUGAUAGUGAUAAUUCUGGUACAUUGUCUAUUGAUGAAAUAUCUCAUUUCUCAAAAUUAACAAUGGAGUUGUUGAUAAAUGAAGAAAAGUAUCCUGGCUUUACAUAGCUCCUUCAAGAUUAUUUCACAAAACUUCUAUUUACAAGCUUGAGAGAAGAAGGGAAGUCUGAAAUACCAAUGGAAAAGAUUAAAAAAGCAAUCAUAGAAAAAAAUGAAAAUUGUGAUAUUUUAUGCUUUUUUUGUGGGACAGAGGCUAAAUAAUUUUGA